AUGGCCCCCGCCAGCAUCGAAGUCGAUAUCCCGGUAAAUGGCAAUACUAAGAUUGCCUCUUCAGCUAAGCCACUAAAGCUUUCAGGAGUGCUAGACUCUUUCGAGUCUUUUGACCCAACACCCCUUACUGGCCGCGAAUUUCCCAAAGCAAACAUUGUAGACUGGCUUAGAGCACCUAACUCCGAUGACUUAAUCCGGGAUCUUGCCAUCACUGUCUCUCAACGCGGUGUUGUCUUUUUCCGCAAGCAAGAUGACCUCACUCCUGAGUUGCAAAAAGAGCUCUUGACGAGGCUUGGUGAACUCACUUGCCGUCCCGCCUCAUCGGGUUUACACAUUCACCCAGUCUUCAAUGCCGAACGUGAUGACCAGGGAGAUGAUCAUGUCGUCAGUUAUAUUCAUCAAAAGCAAACAAAGCCUUCGUUUAUCAAGAAUAGCGACCUGGCUCCUGAUGCCCUGUGUCCGAAAAAGCAGAAUACAUCCGAGUGGCAUAGUGAUUGUUGCUUCGAGCCUGUUCCGGCAGACUACUCUUGUUUGCGUCUCACAAAUAUCCCUCCAACUGGCGGAGAUACACUUUGGGCAAAUGGAUAUGAACUUUAUGAUAAGAUUAGCGAGCCUUACCAGAAGUUUCUUGAAACUCUUACAGUCACUUUUGAGCCUCCAGGUCUCAAACAGAUGUGUGAUGCAAUGGGGAUCACACUGUACUCCAAAGAGCGUGGUUCACCUGAAAACGUUGGUGAUAUCAUCAAAGCUGUGCACCCCGUUGUAAGAACAAACCCAGUCACGGGUUGGAAGAGUGUUUUUGCCAUUGGCGGAAUGGUUAAGCACAUAAACGGCGUCACUGCUGAAGAGAGCAAAAUGCUUGUGGAUUGGUUCCAUGAUUUGAUUUAUAAGAAUCAUACCAUUCAAGUGCGGUUCAAAUGGAAGGAACCCAAUGACUUCGCUAUUUGGGAUAACCGCAGCUUCUACCACUCUGCGACGUAUGACUUUUGGGAGAUGGGUGACAGGGAUGGAUGCCGAGGCUCUGGCGUUGGCGAAAAGCCUUACCUAGAUCCUACCAGCAAGUCCAGGAGAGAGUAUCUCGCAACUAGCGGCAUUUAA